GUUCCGCGCCCGUGGGAGAGCCGGAAGUUGCGGGAGACGAAAAAACAUUUACGUGGGACAACAUUUACGGCGGAAGCUGCCGCUCUCAUUCUCUCGCUCGCUCGCUCGCUCGUUCUUCCCCUCUGUCUCCCUCUCGUCGUCUAACAACUGACGAUAAAAGGAAGAUCGUUAAAACCGAGGAAAAGAAGAAGAAGAAGAAGAAGAAGAGCCCGCGAAAUGACCGAAGUAAGCUGGAGUAAUAGCGAAACUACUACUUUCGCGCGGAUACACGAGAGCUGAGCGCACGGUUAUUGCCCGCGACGGCCGGCUCGCCAGUGGGAAAAACACGUGGCGGUAUCGAGAAAUCGCGAAAUCCGGACGGAAUUCGCCCCGCCUCGGGAUCGGAUAAAUCGCAGGAAAGUUAGAUAAGAAGUACAACGCGAUAAUUCAAUUUUGAUCGAAUCCGAGCGCGGCUCGCGAGCAAACGCGCCCGCGGCCGUUUCCCACCACGGUAUCGGCGCGCAAGGUGGCAGCGACCGGUAUUUUUGCGACCCGCCCGAGCGGCACAAAUAGAGAGGAGACUACGUCGCGACGGAAAAAUAAAUCCCGACGAAUAGCGGCAGCGGGAGAAAUUCCGCGCGUUCUCCCGCCCGUGAAAUCCGUAAGUAAGCUGGAAUUUUUUUCGAGAUAACCGGGCGCGCGAUCGGUAUUCCGAAUCUUCUUAAGAAGCGUGCGCGCACGGCGACGAGGAAUUCUGCCGCGUGGGAACGUCGCAGGAACGCCGCGGCUGAACAAAUCGGCAAGCUCUAUAUACCGUACCGAAGGCAUUCCGCUCGUUCGAACGAGCUGCCGGCCGUCGUUGAAUCGGAUGCGGCCAACCCGACUGUCUCUAACGCACCGAGGAGGAAUCGACGAUUUUCUCGUCGGGAAACACGUGACGUUCUCGCCAGAGUGCCUCUUUCCUUCUCACCCUACCUCCCUCUCUCUCUCUAUCCUCCUUUUCCUAUCUAUCUUUCUCGCCCUCCAUCAGUUCGCGAGGAUCGAAGAACGUUGAGGUUUUCUACGGUGUACCCGAUUACCGCGGAAAUUCCCGACGGUGCAUCUCCACGAGGUGUGAGACUUUUUCCUCGUCGUCGUCGUCGUCGUUGUACAAACGUUCGCGAUUAUCGCCGCGCAAAUGUCAAGUGAACGAUGAAGUACUCGAGGGUGCAGGCGAAGAGGAAGAAGUGGGGCGCCACUUCGCAUGGCGAAUCGUGCUCCAGGUGCGGCAAGUGUCUGACUAAAAUGCAGCUCGUACUACUGUCGGUGCUACUCUACUCCUCUCUGACGACAGCUGCAGCGCUGCAGCUACUAAGACUGGAGAUGCCCAGCAUCGUUGAUCCAAGAUGGGAGAAGGUGUCGCUGAAAUGCGUGUACGAUCUCCACGGCCAAGAGCUGUAUUCCGUCAAGUGGUUCAAAGACGGCACCGAAUUCUUCAGAUUCAUGCCGGGAUCGAUACCGGCUGGGAGAGACUACAAUGUCAAAGGCAUAUUCGUCGACGUCAAGCAGAGUGACAACAAGCAAGUGACACUUCUGGGUCAAGCGUCCGCGGACCGACGAGAUGAGGAAGUCAACCUGGCGGGCACAUACGGCUGCGAGGUGUCGUCUGAAGCGCCGAACUUUUACACUGACUAUAACGAGGCGAAUAUGAGCGUGGCUGUACCACCCAAGACUGCUCCGGCGCUCGAAGGGGUCCGACCUUCUUACGAGGUCGGAGAGAUCCUCGAAGCGGAAUGCACGUCGGGGUUGAGCUACCCUCCGGCAGUUUUAACGUUCAUCUUGAAUGGUAAAGAGGUGACCAGAGCUUUAACCAAAACCUUGCCGAUGAGCGGCAACAUAGACGGAAGCGUGGUCUCCACGACGAGACUGGGCCUGACAGUGCGCCUGGAACGACAGCACUUUCCUGGCGGCACCCUCAGCUUGACCUGCCAAUCCGCGCUACCGGACAUUGCGAAUGUCCAAGUGCUCAAGACGAUCGAGAUCGCCACUCUGGCUGCCAGUAACCAGCGGCUCGCCCAGGAACCCCCGAAGUCGGGUUCGUGGCCGAGCGUGGGCCUCUACCCGGGCCUGAUCUGCUGGACGACGCUGGUGAUUCACACAUCGUACGUCAUGACGCUUUAAGAUUUCUCUAAUAUAUCACGCACUGCCGCGCAGUACUGCGGUCGGCGGUUCCGCGAUCGAUGGCAUCCGGAUUCGCGACUCGUCAGCGAUUGCGACGUAUCUUUGAAAUUCGCGCUAUGUUUAAUGCAACGCUGCAUACGUCUCCACCUGUCAGCCCUCGUCAACGGGGAAGUGUCGCGGUGUCGACGAUCGUCAUCGGCUUCUAUCUCUCUCUGCGUGUUAACCGACGAUCGCGCGAUAUGCACGCGGUCCUCAGGGUACCCGCGGCGCCUGAGCUCCGCGUUCGGUGUCCCGAAUCUUCGCGUACCCCGUACACGUUCACUCGCAUGUAUACACAGUGUUAGAACACCCCGUAUAACGUAGCGGAUAAUUCGGAGGUACGACGAUAGCAAUACAACACUACUACGUAAAGUAGGUCGAAACGCGGACGCACGGCGUUGUACAUAGUGUAUAAUUGUGGAUUAGCGUUACGAGUUAUCGUGUAUAAUGAACGCGAUGAAGGCGAUACGGUGAGUAGGAGGGAGGGAGGACGACGGAGGGGGAAAUACGAUGAAAGUAAGAGAGAUGAGAUGUAACGAGAGAGGCGAGCUGUUAAUCGGCAUUCGCGAGGAGAGCGGCGCGGCUGAGAAGGCCGCGAGCCGAAAUAUCUAUCAUUAAUAAAAUCAGACCAGAAGUAUAUAGUUUAAUAAAUAUAGAUGUGUGUGCGAGCCGCGAUCCCCAUUAGGCGUGCGGCUCGACGUCGACGUAUAUAUAGUGUAUAAUUGUAUGGUUAAUUCGACUAUAUUUUCCACAUCCGAUCUUCCUCGACGGUGGGCGAGAUUCUACGUAUGCGUAAAGGAUAUGUGACGCCUUUGUUCCACUGUAAUUUUACAUGAAUCCAAGUCUCGUCGUUAU